AUGCGUAGGGUCCGUCCCACUAACGUGGAGGACUACUGCCAGGGAGUCAACUUCCAGGCCCAGUACCAUAUCCGAAGCAAAGAUGUCAGAAAGAUCCACAGGGCUGCCAGUAAGGGCAAAGUAGCCAAAGUGCAGCAGAUUCUGUUUAUGGGGGAAAAUGGCUUGAAUGACAGGGACAAGAGGAAUAGGACUGCUCUGCAUUUGGCCUGCGCCAACGGCCAUGCAGAAGUGGUAACUGUCCUGGUAGAGAGGAAUUGUAAGCUUAACCUCUGUGACAACCUCGAGAGGACACCCCUGAUUAAGGCUGUGCAAUGCCAUCAAGAGGACUGCGCACGUAUUCUUUUAGACUAUGGUGCGGAUCCCAAUGUGAGUGACGUCUAUGGCAACACCGCCCUCCACUAUGCAGCUUGUGGUGAGCGUUUAACAACAGCGGCACAGCUCCUGGAGCACACCGCAGACAUCGAGGCGAGCAACAAGGAAGGCUUCACACCGCUUUUGCUUGCUGUAAGUCGAAGAAAUUAUAAAAUGACAGAGUAUUUACUAAGUGAAGGAGCAGACGUACAUGCUGUUGAUAAUUAUGAAAGAACAGCACUCAUGCUUGCUAUAGAUAAUGGAUCAACAGAUAUAGUCAACCUUCUUCAGGAAGAUAUUGAUGCCCUUUCUCAGGAUACCCAUGGAUGGACUGGAGCAGAGUAUACUCAUAGUAGAGGUUUUAAUAUGUACAAAGUAGACAAAGGAAUUAAAAAUUCUCAAAAUAAACGAAAAUCUUCUCCAGGUUACUGUGGGAAAUAUCCUUGCCUUGAGGUAAAACAUACAUAUUUUUAUCUUGAUUUAUUCACCACAGAGUGUAUGAAAACUAACUUAUUUAUUAUGCACCUUGUUUCAAAACCCAUUCAGACUAUCACAGAAGAAGAUUCUCUUAGCGAUAUGACAAUAGCAGAGAAGGCAACAAAAAUAUGCAGAGCAGGCUGUCGAGCAAAAUAUCAUCACCGCGAGCCUGGCACGGAAGCAGAAGACACUGCCUGCCGCAGAGCGGUCGUAGACAAGGCGACACAAGUUGUUAAUCUUUCAACAAAAGUGGAAGUUUCAUCUUUAGAAUGUCAACUAGUUGAAAGAAAUCAAGUUCUUCGACAACAGCUCUUAUCUAUGAAAGCAACCAAAAAGAAAUGUGAAGAAGAAAAGAAGUCUGAAAAAACAUUGAGACAGGAAAUCAGAAACCUUAAAACCCACAUGGCAGUGAUUUCUCUGGAACACAACUAUAUAGAACAGUACAGACGGGACAUUGAAGAAGCAACAAGACAGGAAACAGAAAAAUUGAAAGAAGUCGAUUGGUUUUUACAGGUUAAUUUAUUAAUUGGUAAUGUGCCCUAA